UGAAGAGAGUCAGACAGAGAGAGCCCACACAGAGAGAGAGAGACCUAUUGAUAUCAAGCUCCACAACCACAGCUUCCGACCACGACCAGGACCUUGCACCUGUCACCUGUGACCUGCCUGCCUGCCUUUUGGGCCUCGAUCCGCGAAGCUCUGAAACCGCAUUCAUCAUCGAAGCUCUUCUGUAGCUUUGCGCUGCCCACUGCCCACUGCCCACUGCCUGCGCUGAGAAUCUCCGUGCGGCAGUGAGUGAGUGAGCGAGUGCGCACUGCAGUCAGUGAGCCGCAAGCAGGCACUCUCUCUCUGUUGCUACAUACUAGCCAGGACAGCAACGCGGAAGGGUGUGCUCGAGCUACCUCUUACUGCGUACCUCCAGUGCGUGCCUGCCUGCCUGCGUGCCUGUCUGCUUGCUUGCUUGCACCUGCUUCUGCUCUGUCGCUACGACCGAAGGAAAGCGCGCGUCUACCCACCGUACCUACCGUACCUACCGUACCUACCGUACCUACCUACCUACCUACCUACCUACCUGACGCCCGCCCGCCUGCCCUCCUUCCCUACCUCCCCUCCCCUACCCCAAGCUCUCGAAAGCUCGGAGCACCGUCUCUAUUCCUGAUACAGCUAGAAUAUUGAGCAGCAGCGCGGCCAAGGACGACCUCGGGACUGGACGUGUGAGGGAGCGGACCCGACAGCUACCUCACAUAGCUUGUUCAGUGAGCUCACGACAGCUUCAGCUCGUCGACCAGCCAGAUUCAGUGCCAGGGUGCCCGCAUUACAAUGCCUCCUCGAACUCAUCUCACCUCUCAGUUCGCCGUCUCGGCCACUGGUGAGAAUGAAGUGGUGUGUCCGCUGCGCAACCAGGACUCGUCCGCGUGUCGGAAGCGAUGUCUCGGCGAGAAGAAGUACCGCUCGAUGCAAGAGCACAUCCGCCGCGCCCACCCCGAGUACUACAUCCCGAAGCUGCCUGCCACGAAGGAGUCUUUCGAGUUGAUGAUCACCUCCCCACCUCACGAACGACCCGCCGUAGAUCCCAACCACGCCAAUCACCACCACAGCCAUAGUCACUCGUCGCACAGCAAUAACAACAAUAACAACAACAAUAACAACACUCAGAUACAACAGCACUCGGAUCUGUCAGGAUACCAUCACUCUCUCGUCGACCAGCAUGAUGGCGGCUACUAUACGAACGACGACCCUCAUGCGCUCGCGCUGUACAAUGGUAUGCAGGCCGAGCAGCGCUCGUCUGACGAGUAUCGCCGAGGGUCGCUCAUUCCGGCCGCGUCUGCUGCCGCCGCACUGGCGCAGUUGCACUACCACCGGCCAGACUCAGACUCGGGCUGGGGAGAGAACAACAACAUGCAGAAUUACUUCAACGACGCCAACCAUGACUACAAGAACAAUCAAAUGCAUGUGGAUCCCGCUCUGCAAGACACGGGUUUCAUGCAUGACCAGUCCUACAACGUGGGUGCACAGCAAGACCAGCAGGGCUUGCUGCCCAGUAAUCUCGCACGGUCGCCGCCAGACCGGUCGACCACUCUUCCGCCUCUGCAACGAAGUCUGUCUAGGUCUGGUGGCAUAGGCAGGCCGCGAAAGUCUAGCCUCACCAGCGCCAGAAUCAGCAAGCAUGAACGCAAGAGAUCAAAGGACGCGCUGGGCCAACUUCAUCCUGGCCGUCGUUGGGAAGAUCUGAUUGAGGCUGCAGCCUCGGCGACAGAAGAGGAGGGCUCACGCGAUCUUACGCCGGUUCCUGCAUCACCCUACCAAUCGCCGCAAGUGAAUUCUCGCACCUCGCUGCCGCCAUUCGCUCUAGGAUCGCAGUUCCAGUCCUUUCAAGCGUCACCACUGAACCGAGCCUUGACGCCACCGGCUCCAGACCAUACUGGACUCGAUCUUCAGACUUUCCCUUCUGUGGAUAGCAGCCUCAGCAGUAACCUUAGUCACAGUCACGCACAUCACAACAGCGCCGAUUCUGGAUCACAAUUUCACAUUAUGAAUCCUUCGUCGAUUGACUCGACAUCCUCGCCAAUGUUUAACGCAAACAAGACUGACGGCGGCAUACAUGCCAGCUACUGCUCAGCUUGUCGACGGCCGGCCAAUAUCAAUGAGAUGUUUGGCUGCUCAGGCUGCAUGGGUCCGCUAUGUGGCGCCUGCACUGAUGCUCUCGUUAGUAGCCAGAGCCAAGGCCGACCUGUCAAGUGCCCUCGCUGCCACGCAUCGGACUCAAGUUUCAAACCAUUCCAGUUCGAGUUCGCGUAGCAGGGAGAGCUCCCCUUGCCCAUUGAUUUCACGAUCAUGAGCGAGGCGCGAGCUGCGAGGAAAAGACUGGAUAAACGUAUUUGUCCCACAAAUGGGAGACUCGACGAGAAGAUUGGCACCCUUCCUCGUUCGACAACGCGAACCCCAAUCGCGUUGAAGGGACUUCCCACCCCACUGACCAGGCCUGUCUCUUCAACAUUUGGCCCACGGCUCGGCGAGCCGUUCAAUUUCGCAACGAAACCAGAGAAGCUUGAUUCCACAUUCAAGCUUGACCAUGAACAAGAUGCCCUGGACGACAUGUUCCUACACGAGGGGUCUGCCUUUAUGGAGGCAGCAGAACUUGAAAGUUGUCUCAACGAGCACGAAGUGCACACUUCGAUAGAGAACGACCUGGACAUUACCAUGAUGAUCAGGUCUGAUGGCUAUGAAGCGGAUACGUGACAUGGCACACUGCCAAAAUGAGUUUCCUUCACGCAUGCCACGCACAGGACCGCGCAGCAUAUACCUGACUUUUCUACCCUGCGUCGAGGCCAAGCCCGACCACAGUGUCGAGAGUUCAGACAACGACACGAUCUCUGCAGCAAUUAUCUUCUACGAGUGCACAUUAUAGACAAAAAGAGCCGCAAGGCUGACCGUCGUUAUCCGGGCAUGACGACACGACACGAAAUGAAACGAAAAAAAGGGCGGUAACGCGACCCUCGGAGCGGAUCCUUUGAGAAUGUUCCGAGGCUUUCCUUUACUCCGCGUAAAUAGCAUGGCGAAGGCGCUGGGGAGUUUGUUGAAGCAUGAAAGUCCCGAAAAUUAAAACGAAGAGGACAAUAUCACGAAAAAUGAUUAAGAAGGAUAACCCAAAAGUGGGCCUCACCCACGCAGGCGUUGGUUGGCUCAGGAAUCAUGAUCACGAGGGGAGGCUUGUUAUAUGAACUGAAAGUUUUUGGGUACAUUUCGCCAGCGUGUAGAUGGGUUGCUUUUUUGCCGCACAGCAAAGGACUACAGUACCGUUCAUGUAGAUAGAGCGCGCUUUGGGAUCCCUUUGGAGCCUUUGCAGCUUCUGGAACUUCUUCUCUGCUGUAUGCACGAGAUACCAGGAAGCACGAAAUGAAUGAUGAAAAU